AUGGAACAAGAUGCAGAAGCCAGGCAUGGUUCCAAUAGUACGGUUGAAAAUCCAUCCCAUCCUCCAACUCCGCCCCGGUUCCCUACAGUUCAGACAACUAACACUCGCAUUUGGUCACCCCAGCCUGGUUGUUCGCACGACCCUGACACUGCAACAGUUGAGACCGACCCCACACCAGGAAAAUUGUUGGACAACGUGAUAUCGCCUGUUCCUGGAACUAGUGCAAAAGCAGUAGUCAAAACACGAGGAAGGCAGCUUGCAACAAUUCUCAACAGUUUACAACGCAUUGAGAUUCAGAAGGACAAACAGAAUACGAAGAGGAAGAACAGAUAUCAAAUUCACAAGAGACCUGUGGUUGAACAGAAAAAACAAUUGGAAUCUUCAGAUUCGGACAGCGAAGGACCAGUAUUGCAGGAGAGUGAUGUAUCAGCAGAAGAGUGGGACGAAAAUGAGUGCGUAGGGUGUGGGGAAAAUUAUUUUGAAACUACUAAGUUAGAAGUCUGGCUCAAAUGUGUGAACUGCAAUCGUUGGUUUCAUAAUGGAUGCUCGAAAUUUUUGUGA